AACACUCGUCACCUCUCUGUUCAUGUUCAGCAUGUCUACCGAUCGGAAUUGUUCGACAAUUGUUUCCUACUUUACUGUCUAAACACUUGUUUCUACUCAUGCAGGUUCUCUCCGGACAUCGCUUCGAGGCGCGGUCUAAACGCCGCUGAGCUCUCGGCCGUUGAGGCUAUUCACCGGGCAGUGGAAUUCAAUCCCCACGUGCCCAAGGUAUUUCUUUUGGGUUUACGUGCGCGCCUGCACACGCCGUCAUCUUCUUGUCUCCAUUUUCUUUCUCUUGUCUACCAAAUACAAAUUGAGUGCAUCAGCAGCCAUCCUGUUGGUGCUUACUUUGAGCCCAUCCCAGGAAGGGGUGACUCAGAAGCCAUCGCCUACACCUUCUUCCAUUUGGCUCACUGGAAGGCCGUCGAAGGCGCCUUGAACUUGCUGCACUGCACCUGGGAGGGCACCUUUCGGCUGAUACCGUACCCUCUGGAAAAGGGUAACCUCUUUUACCCUUAUCCACAGUCAACGGAGGCCACAGACAGGGAACUCCUGCCGAGUAAGUACAUCUACUAA